UCGAUUAGAAACAGCAUUUUCAUCGCUGUCCACCCUAAACGGGUCGUUCUUGUUCGAUGACGAACGACGAUUUCGAUGUAAUGCGCAGAAUAGCUGUAUUAAUAUGGACAAUCUUGUAAAGGCAUCCAAUAUUAUUGGUGAAAAUGGUGAUAGUGAACAAUACAAAGAACUUAUUCUGAACGCCUUAGAGAUGUCGGGUGUGUGGGAUGUGGAAUGGGAACGUGAACAACCCAUUGAAUCGUUACGAAUAUUUCUCAUUAUUCCUUCGCUGUAUUUUUUUGCAUCACCUUCAAUAGCACUCGCAAAAACACUUCAUCUGCCUUUUGUUCGUGCCGUUCACCUUCUCAGCCAGUCCAGUCGUUCCAUAUUGGGUUCGCUUUUGAUUUGUUCAUGUCAUCGGGAACGGUGGUGGAGUGCGUUGAAACCUCGCCACUUCAAUCGUCUAGUCACGUCGUUAGUGUCGGCGCUUAAUGAAGUGGUCGUCGAGGAUGCGAAAAAUGAAAAUUGCGCUCUAUCGCUGUGUCAAACACUGACAACUCUGAACACAAUCAAUACGGAAUACAAGAAGAUUGCACUGGAUAAAUUUUAUUUGCAUUGCAUGAAGGAGAAAAUUGAUAUUGCGAAUGAUUACGUGAGAUGGGCGUUUGGUGAAACACACGGUGUGUUUGCAUGGUCGAAUUAUCCAUUCCUGAUGGACGCCGAUGUGAAAUCGAUGCUUCUGCAUUUGGAAGCGCAAAUUCAGAUGCACUUGUCAAUGACGGCUGGUGCAACAGUGAUAGUGCCGUUUCAAAUGGUCUUUCAACCAGAUCCAUUCUUUGUGAUCAGUGUCUCCAGAGAGAAUAUCGUUGACGAUGCUAUGGUGGCGUUGUUGUCCUCGAAAAGCAUCGACUUGAAGAAACCACUCAAGGUGAUGUUCCGUGGAGAAGAAGGAGAUGAUGCAGGCGGUGUCAAGAAAGAGUUCUUCAUGCUUCUUUUCCAGGAACUUCUUCAACCGACUUAUGGAAUGUUCGCCGAAGAUGAACAGUCGCAUCUGAUCUGGUUUUCGGGCAUAGAAACUGAUCAGUUGAGUUUCAAAUUGAUUGGUAUUCUGUGUGCAUUGGCCAUCUACAACAACGUCUUAGUGGAUUUUCCAUUUCCGUGCGCACUCUACAAAAAAAUUCUGCAACAACCGCUCACCCUCGAAGACCUCAGUGAACUAAGUCCUGCUGAAGGAAGAUCGUUGCAAUCAAUUUUGGAUUAUGACGGAGAUGAUUUCGAAGAAGUGUUCGGUUUGAGUUUCGUCAUAUCGCUUUCAUUGCUCGGUGAUGCAAAGGAAGUGGAGCUGAAGGAGAAUGGAAAAGAUAUUGCAGUGACACAGGAGAAUAAGGCUGAAUUCGUGCAGUUGUACAUAUCAAAGAGACUGGAAGAAGGCAAUGACGGUGAGAUUGCAAAACAGUUGAAAUCAUUCGAUGAUGGUUUCCGGAUGGUGAUACAUUCGCGUAUUUUGCAGUUCUUUCAACCACAGGAACUGAUGGAAAUGGUCAUAGGCAAUGAGAACUACGAUUGGAGCCUCUUCAGAAAGAAUACCGAAUACAAAGGUGUUUAUUACGCCGACCAUGAGGCUGUUCGUUGUUUUUGGGAUGUUUUCUUCGAGUUUAAUCUCGAGCAAAGGAAGAAAUUUUUGCAAUUUCUUAUGGGCACUACACGAAUACCGUUG